GUCUGUGCCGGAGGGGCUGCCUGCCUGCAGCGCUGUUCUCUCUGGCGUACUUGCCCAAAUGCUGGACUGGGCUAUGAGCAGACUCUCCCCUGCUGCUGUCUGACAUCUCUUUCUAUCUUGCUCUCUCUGCUAGCGGUGGCUGGACAACAUGGAAGCCCCUAUGGAUGUGUGGCUAUGGUCUGUCCGAUAGUACGGUGGGCAUCAUAGGUCUGGGGAGAAUAGGACAGGCCGUUGCCCGCCGCCUAAAGCCGUUUGGGGUCAAGAAGUUUUUGUACACUGGCAGUCACCCGAAACCAGAGAGCGCCGCAGAGUUCGAAGCUGAGUUCGUCCCACUGAUGAGGCUGGCCGAAGAGUCGGACUUUGUCGUGGUGACAUGUGCUUUGACUCCGGCCACCCAGGGAAUGUGCAACAAGGACUUCUUCAGCAGAAUGAAGAAGACCUCUGUGUUCAUCAACACGAGCAGGGGGGCCGUGGUGAACCAGGAGGACCUGUACGACGCCCUGGCCCACGGCCAGAUUGCAGCGGCAGGCCUGGAUGUCACAACACCAGAGCCACUGCCCACUGACCACCCCCUGCUCUCCCUCAAGAACUGCGUGAUUCUGCCACACGUCGGGAGUGCCACGUAUGCCACAAGGAGCACCAUGGCAGUGCUGGCGGCCAACAACCUGCUGGCCGGGCUGCGAGGGGAGCCCAUGCCCCAUGAGCUGCUGCUGUGACGGCCAGAGCUCCUGCAGGGCGGCAGGACUCGGCGUUGCCUUCCCCUGGAGAAGCCUUGCAGACCAGUCCUGUGCCUCCUCACUUCUGCAGCAGUGUGCCAGCGGUGCCCGCGGUGAGGGAACCAAACCGUAGUCAUUAAAGAAAAGCAGUGAAUGUGUUGUGCUUAUUUCAUUUGAGAAUGGGGUGCCCCCAGCCAUGUGGUGGAGCACACAACAGUGUGGGUUCCGUGUUCAUGU